AUGGAGACGGUACAACAAGAGCCAGCGCCCGGCUCCCUGAGCUGGAGACUCAGCAGCCAUCCCAUCACCCUGCUUACUUUCCUCUUCUUCCGCACAUCCUCCCUCGUAGUCUACCUCCUGGGCCUCCGCCUCCUCACUUCCAACUUCGUCCUCAUCUUCAUCAUCACCAUCCUGCUCCUCGCCAUGGAUUUCUACUACCUCAAAAACAUUGCGGGUCGUCGCCUUGUUGGCCUGCGCUGGUGGAAUGAAGUCGAUGCUAGUACGGGCGAUGGCCGCUGGGUGUUUGAGAGUUUGGAUCAGGAUACCAGUUCACGCCAGAUCAAUGCGACGGACAAGCGCUUCUUUUGGCUGGCGCUGUAUGCGCAGCCUGUGCUGUGGGUUGUGCUGGCGAUUGUUGCGCUGGUUAGCCUGGAGUUUAUUUGGCUGACGCUUGUGGUUAUCGCGCUCGUUCUUACGAUUACGAAUACCCUCGCUUUCUCGCGGUGCGACAAGUUUAGUCAGGCUUCGGGCUUCGCUUCAAAUGCCAUGUACGGAUCCGGUCUUGCGCGGAAUCUGGCGGGUGGAAUGAUUUCGAGUCUGUUCAGACGGUGA